CAGGAUGCCUCGGCGCAGGCUCCGGGCGGCUGCAGGCUGGGUUCAGCUCUGCUGGACCUGCGCUAGGGUACUCUAGCCUCGCUGCACUCAUGGCUUCUCCUAGCAAGGCAGCGAUCGUUCCCGGGAACGGAGGCGGGGAUGUGACCACGCACGGCUGGUAUGGCUGGGUGAAAAAGGAACUGGAGAAGAUACCUGGUUUCCAGUGUUUGGCUAAAAACAUGCCCGACCCAAGUAAUGCCUGGCAAGUGGACACCCAGCUAACCAUUAGGUUGCUGACAUCAUUUUUCUCUCUCUCCAGGUAUGCAGAAACACAUCGAGUAUAUGCUAUUGUAUUAGUGUCUGCAUACACAUCAGACUUGGGGGACGAAAAUGAGCGUGCAAGUGGAUACUUCAACCGCCCCUGGCAAUGGGAGAAGAUCAAGGCCAACUGCCCUUACAUUGUACAGUUUGGCUCCACUGAUGACCCGUUCCUUCCCUGGAAGGAACAACAAGAAGUGGCCGAUAGGUUGGAAACCAAAUUGCACAAAUUCACUGACCGUGGUCACUUUCAGAACACAGAAUUUCAUGAACUGAUUACUGUGGUAAAGUCUUUGCUGAAAGUACCAGCAUAGACUGGAUGAUUUCUGCUAUUUUGCAUCUCAAUAUAGGGGUAGAGUAAUAAUAUCUACUAUCAGCCGAUUACUAGACACACAAAACAUCCAGUUAAGUUCCAAAAGUGCCUGAAAAGCAAACACGUUUCAAUCUAAGUUACACAUGGCAUUUCCAUUUCCCACAGACUCUUAAAACUCCCCAAAUUGCUGUGAACUACAGCAGUAUUUUCCUCAUUUGAUAAGAAACAUAAGGACACCUUAACUACCCUUUUCUAUCCAACGUAAGUCAGAAACAGAACCCAGGUUUCCUGAUUCCCACUCCCGAGUAAAACUAAAUAAUAGUUUUUAUCUAUGUUGAAGGUAUUGCAUUCUUUUCCUCUUUGAAAUCAAACUUUUCUAUUUCACUGGGGAAAGAAAACAUGACUGAAAGUCCAGAGUUUAGCUUAGAGCUCAAAAUACUAGCUGCUGUUUCAAGCUGGCUCAGGGCCUUAAACCCAGACCAGGGCCUUCACCUUUGACACUUGCCCCGGAGUUGUUCAGACAUGUUGAGAGAGACUGAGACAGGAGUCUUCCAGAGUCAGGCAGGAAGGAGAAGCACAGCAAUAUACAUACAUAAAUAUACAUACAACUAACUAGAUCUGUUUAAGACAAGAGUGGUGGGACCAAGGCCAUGUGGAGAGCUCGUGGCCUGUCUCAAUUGUUGCCAUGUGGAACUGGGGCAGAGUGUUGCCAGUUUUCUGAUUUUGUGUGU